AUGAUGUCGCUUGGCGACAGCGACCUCAACACCCACGGUGACAUGCUACGACGCCGUGCGUUCACCCAGGAAGGGGAGCCCGUCAUGGACAUCGACCCUCUCCCUUACAAACACCACCAGGGACUUAUCGCCGUCUCGGUGAUGGCCAUUCUCUCCUUCAUAGCGACCGUCAUCCUUCUUGGGUUCAUUACCUACCGAAUGCUGUUCUGGCGCUCCAAUUACGCUCGAUACAUCGGUUAUAAUCAGUAUAUCGUUCUUAUUUACAAUCUUGUCUUGGCCGAUCUGCAGCAAUCCUUGGCCUUCUUGAUUUGUAUAAAAUGGAUCGCGGAGGACAAGAUCUCGGCAGACACAGCAGCGUGCUUCUUGCAGGGUCUCUGGCUGCAGAUUGGUGACCCGGCUAGCGGUCUUUUCGUGCUUGCCAUCGCUAUCCACACCUUUCUUCUUGUGGCCAUGGGCCGGAAAUUGAGUCACCGUGUUUUCGUGGCAGGAGUCAUCGGUAUCUGGGCUUUUAUUGCCAUUCUGGUCAUCGUUCCAUUGGCCGUUCAUGGCCGAUAUGUUCUAAUUCCGUCAGGUGCUUGGUGCUGGAUCAGUGAAAAGUACGAGAACAUGCGUUUAGCGACACAUUAUACCUGGAUUUUCCUUGCGGAAUUCGGUACCGUUGUCCUCUACGCCAUUAUGUGGUUCCAGCUCCGCCGAAGAAUCGCCCAGUCAGCUAUCCUGGGAACCAGCCAUACAGAGAGUCUGAAGCGUCUGCGCCGCGUUAUUGGAUACAUGGUUAUCUACCCGAUUGCAUAUAUCGUGCUGUCUCUUCCCCUGGCCGCCGGACGUAUGGCCACGGCCCAAGGUACCACACCGAACGUGGUUUACUUCUGUAUUGCUGGUGCUAUGAUCACCAGCUCCGGUCUCGUCGAUGUCCUCCUGUACACCCUAACUCGUCGCAACCUGAUCAUCGAAUCCGAACCCAGCAACGACCGCAGUUACGGCAAGUUCGCAAGCAGCAAGGGCCGCAAGACGGACAACCACUUGACAACCAUUACCGCCGACCCCAAUCGCCUGGAUGCUAGCCAGAUGGGCACUCGGAUAUAUCACGAAGAUCCGGAUCACACCGUCCGCGAUGGGUCGACCGACAAUAUCGUGCAGCCCCAGGGCAUGGAAUUGGCCCCCAUUGGCAAGGUGUACCAGCAGACCACGAUUGAAGUGACGUCGGAACCGGCAUACCCAACGGGCGCGAACAGCGAGCACUCCAGCAAGGAUUCCAUGGACCAUCAUCAUCAAGAUGGACUUCACGAGCCUUCAACCCGGAUGUGGGGAAGAUAA